UGCAAGCCCGGACACGCCUGGCCUGAUCACCAUGACUGCCACAGCUUCUUCGAAUGUGCCGCUGGGGGCCAGCCUGUUCGGAAAACAUGCGGUCCCGGCGCUGCAUACUGUUGGCAAACCGGAGUUUGUGUCCCUGAAGAGAAGGUGCCGAGUUGC